AUGGACGAAACAAAUGGAAGAAGAGAAACUCACGAUUUCAUGAACGUCAACGUUGAAUCAUUCUCUCAACUUCCAUUCAUCCGCCGUACACCUCCCAAAGAAAAAGGCUCCAUCAUUCGUCUCUUCGGCCAAGAACUCGUCGGAGAUAACUCCUCCGGUACUUCUCAACCGGAAGAAGACACUUCUGAAACCACAACCACCAAGAUCAACGACGAGAGUCCCGAGAAUGUCAAAGAAAAGGACAAAGACACCAACAACAACAGGAGAUUCGAGUGUCACUACUGUCUCAGAAACUUCCCCACUUCUCAAGCCCUAGGUGGACACCAAAACGCUCACAAACGCGAACGCCAACACGCUAAACGCGGUUCAAUGACUUCCUACCUUCAUCAUCAGCAUGAGCCUCACCACGUCUACGGCUUCCUCAACAACCGUCACUAUCCAUCUUGGACUACUACAGAAGCUAGAUUCUACGGUGGUGGAGGAGGAGGAGGAGUACAACAAACGCCGUCGUAUUACUCACGCACUAUUCUUCCUCCGUCUUCUUCUAACACACCGACGAUCAACGGAAGUCCUUUAGGUUUUUGGCGUGUACCGCCUUCAACGUCAGCAAACGCUAUUCAUAACGUUUACUCAGCUUCAGCGUUUAGGACGCAUGACCAGGAGAGUAAGGAGCCUAACUGGCCCUAUAGAUUGAUGAAACCUAAUGUGCAAGAUCAUCUGAGUCUCGAUCUUCAUCUUUGACACUUUUAUUUUUUUGGUGUCCAUCUUUUUAACUGAGCCAUCAAUGUGAGGAAAAAAACGACGAGGUGUUCAUGUUUUGUAAGAAGAACCGGCAUGGUGUGUAGAUCUUGAAACUUUGAUGAGGUUUGUUUCUUCAGAUUCUAAGUUUAUAUAUAUUAAUAAAAGAAUAAUUUCUGAUUUAAUUUAGAAAAAAAUAUGCUCAAUCAUUCAUUUUUCUGAGUUCUGUUAUGGUUUCAAGAAUCAAAGAGAAACAUUAAUUAAU